AUGACUCCAGCACCACCGAAAUUUGGCGUACGAUUUUUAACACGAAAAGAACGUACUGUCAGACGAGUUACUAAAUGUGAAACGAGAGAAAUAAAAAAACGUUUAGAACCUCCCACACCACCUUCAGUUCCAGUUAAAAAAAUAAAAACUCUGAAUGCCGCUGUUCGUCCUAAACCGGCAACUCUCGUUAAAAUUCGUGAACCUAAAAAGGUAAAACCUAUGGCUGAACUCUCAAGUAAUGAAAAAGAACAAGUCCGAACAACAACUUCAUCUUCUGUUAAUCGAGCUAUAUCUGCAACUACAGUGAAAAGUCCCAUAUCAUCUGUUCGUACAUUACAAACAACUGAUUUACAAAGAUUAUCUCGUUUGACAUGUUCACGUGAAUUUAGUUUUUUUCACAAAGAAAUUAAGUGCGAACUACGAACUAACGAACAUCAACUUGCAUUUUUUCAAACAAAAUUAUAUCAUUUGAAAAAUGAAUUCAUUAAUCAAAAUUCUGAACAUCAUAAUUUAGAACAGAUAAAAAAUUAUUUUGCUGAAGCUCAUCAAAAAAAUAUUGAUCGAAGAAUUAAACCUGAUGAAUUUAAUACUUUAGCUGACAAACUUAAGCAAGAUAUUAAACAAGCGAUUGAUAAAUGGUUGAAAAAGAAAGAGCCAGGGAAACAAAAUCGAGCAUUAAGUGAUUACACACAAAAACGCCAAUCACGUAUUCGAGAAUUGAUUAAAGAAACAAUUGAAGAAACCAAAAAACAGCAAGAUCCAUUACAAGAAAAUUCUGAUAAAGUUGAAAUGGAUAAUACUCAAGAUCAGUCUCAAAUCGAAGCGGAAUGUAUUGAUUAG